CCUGCCUGCAGCUAGGCAUGCAACUUGUUGCGCCGGUUUUCGAUUCUCAGUCUUCAUUCCAUUCUCGAAUCCCCCGGACGUCGACCUCCGAUCUUCAACUUGCUGGAAUCACUCUGAACAAACAACACCACUCAUCACGAUGCCCAAUCCUCUGUGGUUCAUCUUCUGGCUGCUGGUCUUCUGGUUCGUCUCCUUCUUCGUGGCAUUCUUCUGCGCCUUCUGCUACAUUUGGGUCUACGCCUUCGCCUCCUGCAUUCCCGCUCUCACGGGCAUAUCUGACGUUCUGCUUCAGGGCGUGCAGUUUCCGUUCUACUGCGGAAAGGCCAUGCUGGAGGGCAAACCGGCCUUCUAGGAGGAAUCCCCCAUUAUAUCUACGUACUUAGUGCCUUACUACUGAUAACUCUUGUUUUCGAUCAUUUUUACACAAUAAAGAUUUAUUAACUUAUAUUUAUAAA